AUGACGACGAACGAUCAUGGUCACGUAAACAAUCUUGAUCGAAAUCAACGUGAUUUGCUAAAAGCUUAUUGGCUUGCAUUAAUAGCUGCUAUAGAUGAAGAUUCAUCAAAAGUCGUUGAUUCAAAGUUUGGCGAAGAACUUUUCUAUUUAUUCGCUCAAUUUAAUCCAGAUGUUACUCUUCUUCGGUGGUUACGUGCAUGUAAAUGGCAAGUAACACCUGCCGUUCAAUUCAUGAAGGAUACUUUAAAAUGGCGCCAUGAAUGGGGCCUUAGAACAUUAUCAGCUAAAGGUGAAAGUAAUGUAAUGUUAGAAGAAUGUACUUCGGGAAAAGCUUACUAUAUGGGAAAAGAUAAAGCAAAUCGUCCAGUUAGUUAUGUUCAUGCAUCAGAACAUAUUCGAGGACAAUUUCCUAUUGAAGCAACAGAAAGAUUUCUCAUUCUAUUUAUGGAAACAGGAAGAGACUUGGCUGAAUCUCAUAUUGAAGAAGGAACCGUAGUACUCGAUAUGGGUAAUGUUAGUUUAAAGAAUUUAGACUAUCAAUACAUUAAAUUUAUGAUUGAUGCCAUGCAAAAUUAUUAUCCCGAAUGUUUAGGUGUUGCAUUAAUAGUAAAUGCUCCAUGGUCAUUCAGUACUGUUUGGAAGGUAAUUCGGCGUUGGUUAGAUCCUGUAGUCGAGAGUAAGAUUCAUUUUCUUAAUGACUCCAGCGAAUUAGUCAAAUAUAUUGAUCCAGCUGUUAUUCCUCAACGCUUGCAAGGUAAUCAUGUGGACUUCAAAUUUGUUCCAUCAACAAAAGAAGAUGAAGCACGCUUGACAGCAAUUCGUAAAGAUGAAAAGGGCAUGCAAAAAGCUCAAAUGGAACAUAGGAAAGCUGCACAAGAUUAUCUUAAUGUAACAUUGAAAUGGGCUAACACAUCAGCGCAGAACGAGAAGGAUUAUGAAACAGAUAGAACACAAGCAGCUAAACUACUAAGUGAUACUUACAGACAACUUAUACCAUAUAUUUCUACACAGACAUAUUAUCAUCGUAUAGGAAUGAUUCAAGAGCCAAUGUUCGAUAUUACAUAUAAUCGAAUAUGUAAUGAUGAUACUGAAUUAACUCGUUUUUAG